CAUGCAAUUAAAUUGUACCAUUCACACGUGUCACAGGAACACAUAAACGAGAAAGUGAAAGACGUGUUCUUAUUGAACGAACGGGUCUUUGGGAUAUGCGACGCGUGGCCCUUAAGGAAAACGUACGCGAGAUUCGUCUUGUACAUGUCCUAUCUCAGUGUACACAUGGUCAUAAUGUACAUGGACUUAAUCGAGGCGUUUGGCAAUCUCGAAUCAAUGGUGGAGAACAUUUUAGACACGACCAUUGCCACGGCUACCUAUGUCUUGUUAUUUUUACUACGAUUCAACAAACUGAUCGAACGGACGAUCGUCACUGUGAAGCAAGAAAUAACCACGUGCAAGUUCGAAACAUUGGAGGAGAUGCGCCUGUACUUCGCGUAUCACAAGAUUUCAGAUAAGUUUGGUAGAUACGCUGUUUCAACGAGCUCCGUGAUAGCAGUUCUCUGGUAUCUCACACCUAUGCUGCAUCUGUUGAAGUCUCGUUCAGAGCAAGAUAACGGAUCAUCGAGUGACUAUAAAUUGCCUUUUCGUGUUCACGCUUUCCUCGAUUAUCGGAACGACUUGCAGAACUUCGUUAUCAUGUAUCUGUACCAGUUGCCGUUCAUGUUCAUAGGAUUGAGCCAUACAACCUCCGUCAGUAUAUUAGUCAAUCUGGUGUUACACAUCUGUGGUAAACUCUCAAUAUUAUCGCAUCGCAUACGAAAUAUCACCACGAAUGUAAAUGUUCAUUUAGACAGUAUGAUUGAAGAAUUCAUGGCCGCGCAUAUAAAACUGAUACGAACAGUGAACUCCAUCAAUUCAGCCUUCCAAAUUUUCCUUCUGUUGGAACUGUCGCAAACAAGCAUUAGAAUGGGCCUCCUCAUAUACAUGAUGCUUCUAAAUCCAUCGAGAAGUUUCAUGGACACUGUGACCUACAGUUUAUACAUUUCGAUAGUCGUGUCAUUGUUAUAUCUAUACUCCUUCAUAGGUGAACAAUUGUCGAACGAAUCCACGAAAGUGUGCGAGGCGUUCUACUUUACGGAUUGGAACAAUCUUUCGGUCCGCGAUCAAAAGCUAUUUCUUCUGGUUAUGUCCGGACGGCGAACUUUGCACGUCACUGCUGGAAAGUUUUACAUCUUCUCGUUACAAGGCUUUAUCGGCUUGCCGUUUCUCGCUCUAACAAAGAAUCCACGAACCGAAACGAAUGUCAUUGAAUCUACAGUUCUUUUUAUACCUGAAUUCUAUUUACCGUAUCGAUCUCUAUAA